AUGAAAGCUAUCGUCAUGCUGUUUACGAACAAGACAAAGACAGACAGUGAAGAAUAUGUUUACCCCAACAUCGAAAAGGUUAGGGUAACCGUGGAAGGUGUACCCAACGCAGUCUACAUUCAAGGUAUUCCGAAAACAAGACUGUGCGAAGAGGCAAGACGAUUGUUCGGCACCGGUGAAAUCAGUCAUCAAACGCUAACCAACUUUUUCAAAGACAAAAAGUUCGCGCUGGUCAUCGAUCUCAGAACCGUAAACGAUGUCAGCACAUUUGGAAACGGUGCAAAAAUUCAAAACACUCAGUCUGAAAUACUGGUGGAAAUCACGAAAAAAGCUACAACUGCGAACGUCGUAUGUCACAUGUUCGUUCUUUCCGACGGUGUUAUCGGAAUUGAAAACGGGCAACUCACCGGAGUACAGUACUAA